AUGAAUCAAUACGCAAACUGCUUGGCCGAGACAAAAAUGAGAUAUGGGCACAGUUGCGUAGCGAGGCUAUAUGUCAAGAAAGAAGAUGGGGGAUUGGGACUCAAGUCGGCCGAAGAAGAACUAGAGCACACAGUUGUCUACAACUGGUGCUACGUGGCCUCAAGACCAGAGCUCCAAAUCCCCUAUCUACUUUGUGAGAGUCUCAGACGCAGUAACAAGCGAUCGCUCUCGUCCGACUUUUACUCUGUCUUGGCAGAGAAUAGGUUGGAAAAUGAAGUCACUCGCCUGCCUGGAGCAAACCAUUCAUCCACUAAGGCUGCUCGCGCGAUUUCGACCCUCGUUCACGAACGCUGGGCUCGAACACGAAUGCAUGAAUGGAGGCAAAGGGAAGUGGCGAGUAGAGUGAUUGCAAACAACAUCACAGGGAACACCUCCCUAUAUAUGCCUAAAGGACUUCGUUCCUAUGGUCACAGAAAGGAUGGGUUUCCUCGGAAGAUGGGUUUCCUCGGAAGUACUGCGAAAUGUCUGGGCAGGCGCAAGAAGGCUCACUGCCAACAAAAGGCAGUGCAUCAGGUCAGUCAAUAUUGGCCGCACAGUAAUCAACUAUGCAGACUGCGUUGCCCGGCUAAAGAGACUGCUGAACAUAUAGUCUCGGCUUGUGACUACUGGCGCACUGGGCUCAUGGUCAAUAGACAUGACGAAGUGGCCAGAGUAAUCUACAAGUCCCUAAAGAAGAAAUACGGUCUCAGUUCAAUGAUCACUAAUACACACGUUCCUCAUGUUGUUGAAGGGAACGACGUAGUACUACACUGGAAUGACCGUAUAUUCACUACAGAGUACAUGAAACAUGACAGACCUGAUAUUGUAGUCAAAGACUACAAAGACAGGAAAAUAUGGAUAAUAGAAAUAGCGGUGUCCUGGUACACCAGGAUCGCCGAACAAGAACAGAAAGAAGAUCUCUGCCUCCCGCAAGAGACGGAAGCAGGCGACUAUCACCCUGGGUCAAACUUGAAAUCUGACCUACAAGCGCAGCACGGAAUGACCGUUGAAGUUGUACCUGUCGUCAUUGGAACGUGCGGUGAAUGCUCAUCCAACUUGCGACAGUACAUACGAUUACUCAAGCUGCCAGACAGCACGAGAAGUAAUCAUAGAAAGAAUGCAAAGGUGUGCAGUGCUUGGUACUCACAGAAUCAUCAAAAGCCAUCUGUCCAAAAGUGA